UAGUUUUUAUUGCUUAAACAAUUGUCAGUAUAGUAGUAGCAUUUAAUUUUGAGGAGAAACUCUGAUCCUAGAGUUGUCAGGCUUUCAUUGGCUCCUGUUCUGAUAUUGUGUCGAGUUCUUUACCCUUUUUAUUGCCCAAAAGAAUCAGAUUCCUAACAAUGGUGGAAGCACAUUCUGCCUUUCUUUGUUCCAGUUCUCACUGUAGUCAAAUGACAUUCUUACACAUAAUUAAAAGGUGUAUAACUAGAUGUUUGUUUGUUCAUUUCCUAAAAACUAAGAUAUGCUUAGCCUCUUUCAUAUCAGAAAAAAAACCAUUUCUGGGCUAUUGCCUAGCUGUGUUAUUUACCUGAAGCUGUAGUUACCCUGCUUCAGAUCAGUGACAAAAGUGAGUGAAAUUAGCAAAGAAGGCAAAGUUUUCAUUUGUUAGUUGUUCAAUUAAUUUCCUUAAAUUAGCAUUGUGAAAAUAUUUUUAAAUAUCUCAUGCAUGCUAGCUUUCACCUUCACAUGCUAGAAAAGUACUGUAAUGGUGUAUAAACAGAAAUAUGGAAGAAAAGCAAAGAAAAUUAUGGCUAAACAAAUAAUAAAAUUGUGAGAGCUUUCAACUUUAUCCACCCUCUCAUUACAUAAGGACAUUAACACUUGAGUGUACCUUUUCUGGAAACUUUAAUUUUCCUUAUAUAUGCAUUUCAAAGUAACUAUAUUGAACUGAACAAAAUGAAAAGGGGGGGAAAAGAGUUUAAACAAUAAAAACAUCUCAGGAGGAAAUCCAAUAUUUAGAAUUGCACAUUGAGGAAUCUGUGUAAAACAUGUAAAUUCAGAGUGCCAGACAACACUCAUUUGUGAGAUUUGAAAUCAAAAUACUGUGUGCAUAAUGCUUCUAUCAGCAGUCAGGAACAGUAAAUAAGAUUAAUUUUUACUGACUGGUUCAAAUGACAGUAAAGUUUGUUAAUAUAUCUGACUGGUGUGUAUGUGUAUAUAGAUACAUUUUAAAAGCUCAUGUUUUAUGCUCUUACUAUGCUUAGGUUCUGUCCACAGAGUUUUAAAAUUUUGUAUAUGCUUUGCAGCAUUCAUCAUUUAAGUCUUCACUCCUGGUGGGUUAACUGAAGGAAGAUCCUUUCAACACUGGAAUGUUUUCUCCUAUUCCUUUGCAUCUCUAUUUUCCUUGUUUGUUAUAAAAUAAAGGAUUGGUGGGUUUUGUUUUCUAGUUCUUUUACUCUCUAAUCAUACUUACAGUACCCAGCAUUCUUUUAAAAAAUACUGCUGGCUUUACUCUGGAAGAAAACAGUCCUCUGGCUACCUCGGUGAAAGAAAUGAGUUUAACAUAUUAAUUUUUCUUUUCAACUUACUUUUGGAGGAAAGUGUAUAUCUUAAAUGGAGUAACUAUUUAUUUCUGCUUUGCUUUCUCCCAAACAAACAAUAUUUCUAAAUUCUUUGGCAGCAAACCUGCUUAAGGUAAUGAAUUCAAAACAAUCCAUAUCUCAGAGAAUUCAUUUUAAAUAGAUACAAACUUAUUAUUUUUUUACUGAUGGAUAAGUUUUCAAAAAUAGAUUACAUAAGCUGUAAAGUUAGUUCAAUUACAGAAUGUGCUACUUGUAAGGGAAAGUGGAUUACCUUUGUUGAGUGUCUGUCAGUGUGCCUUUACACUUUUCAUUGUAUUUUCUAUCCAGCAAUAAUUCCAUAUGGUGUUCUCUCACAUUAAUUUUCAUGCUUACUGUUACAGUAUCCUUCCACAUGCUGUGAAUGCCUGGUAAAAAUGAGGAUUGCUUUCAAAGCUAGUGACUUUUUCCCUGAAAACAUCUUGCUGUCUAGUACACAAUUCCUCAGCAGCUUAUUUACUUACUUGCAGUUACAAAGUUCACCUAAAUGCCAAGAUAGUUUCAGAAGUAAAAUGCCAAAAUAAUUAUUUGGUUUGUACAGCAUAAGCAGGCACAGGAGAGUUCACCAUGAGCCAUUUCAGAGCCCAAACCUGCUUCCAUUUAAAUCAGAAACUGAUUUUGUAUGUCUUUCAGUAGGACACAGUAAAAUACAUGCCAGAAUAAUUUCUCAUUUAAACUAUCUAUUUAAAUGAGUUCAUAGAAUUGAAAUGCCCACGCUCUUCUACACUAACACAUCUAUAUGCCAAGCUUUAAGAUUUGUAUCAGGAAGCUUUUUGUAAUAAUUAUAAAAAAAUUAGAUAUCCAUGUUUCUGCUUAAUAAUCUGUGACUCUCUAUAAUAUGUGAUGCUUAAAAAUGUGUCACAAAAUGACAAUACUGGAAACAAGAAUAGCUUGAACUUGUCCUGUUUUCUGCUACAGUUUUUAAGAACUGCACUUUCCUCCUUUGAAUCCCAACACCACUCCCCCAAAUACUUAUUUUUAAUGCCUUCAUAAACUGAAGCAGGCUAUGUUCCAAAGCCAAGAACGGAUCCUUUACUCUAUGCUUGCAUAUUUCAUUAUGUUGCAUAAAUAAUGCAGGUAAAUCUGAAAGACACAAAAGCCACAUGGCCACAGGUUGGCAGAACAAAGAAGCAGAUAAAAGAGAUUGGGCUUCAGUGCUUGAAGGUGUAAAAGCAGAGUUAGGUUUAGUACUAGACAAAAGUCCACACAAUUCCAUUGGAAAACUUAGUUACUACAAAAGAAAAGGAACAGAAUCAACUUGCCGGUGUUGUUGCACUGAAAAUAAAAAUUGUACCACCCCCUUUUCCCAUUUCUGGUGUAUGAAAGUAUUCAGGAUAUUUAACUGUAAGGGAAAAGAAGUUAGAGAAAAUUGGUUCUAAUUUGUCUUUGUUCAUUCUUGUGACUUUUCUCACUCCUAGUAGGAUAUCCAACUCCAUUUUUUUGUUUUUUAGUAAGAGAGCAGGAUAGCUGUACAGAUGUUCUCUUAAAUUGGAAAAAAGACAGCACUCAGAUUUCUCUAAAACAGAAGAGAACUGGGCUUAUAUCUAAACAGGUUGAUACUGCAAUUCCGUGUUUCUUUUUGCAUGGGUUUUGGUUAACAUGGAUUAUUCAGAAAGAUAGUAGGGUGACAGGAAGACAGGCUUGUGGCAGGUGAGUUUGUGCAUGCUCCUGUCUAUUCAUCCUUCAUUUGUUAAGCAAACUGGACAACCUAAGUAAGAAGAAUACUCCAAAACCAAGGUGCUUUCCUUAAUGCUUUGUGCCAUCUGCAGUGGGUUUCUUCUGUGUGAUAUUUUCGUUGACACUAUACAAAAUAAGCCAGGCCUUUUUUAACUAGAGCAAAAAUACACCUUUUAUGAAGUUUCAGUCAAGUUACACAUCUGUAUUUGUAUGACUGCUUGAUUUUGUUUAGAUUGAGACCUAGAAUUUAAUAUUACAUACUGUGCUCUACAGUUUUAUAAGUCAUAACUAAAAGCAUUUUUAUGUUGAUACUCAUAAGUUGGCAUUGAGUUACUAUUUUGACCAUGAAAGAACCCUGGAGAAUUGUUUUUAUUGGCUUUUCUUAAAUCAUAUACAAGGAGUGACUUAAUUGUUUAUUAUGUCCAGUUUAAGCAUAGUAAAGACAGCUCACUAGUUCUUAGGUUACCUACUGCAAUUAAAUAUUGAUAAAGGAAAAUAACACCUUCCAAUAUUCUGCAAAUCUGUGUCUUUCCCCUCUUGUCAUCAAUUGUGUAGCUUUCAUAAGAGACUAAUGAAAGGGGCAAUGCUUUUACUGGUACUGGGGGACAGGGGGGAAGCAGCACUUAAAUUUUUUCUCUCGGUUAUCUCCCUGUGGUUCUGAUGAGCUAGGUAAGUCUCACACAGUAGGUUUACAGGUCACUUCAUAGAGUCAGUGCCCUGGCAUUUUAUGGCCUCCUAAUGAGCCGUUGAACGGGAGCUGAGGUAAUUAAAUACGGUACUCUGGGACAGUGAACGCGGUACUGACUCCGGCUCUCUGAUUUUAGGUUCCUCAGAAGACGAUGAGGUCAUUCAAGAAGGUCUCCUCAGGCUCAGGGGCGAGUAAAGGUGGAGACGAGCCCGGGAAGUUGCCGGAGCAGGAGGAAGAAGAGGAAUCCCAGGUUUUGCACGGGACCGGCCAUUGCAAAUGGUUCAAUGUGAGAAUGGGAUUCGGGUUCAUCUCCAUGAGCAACCGAGAGGGAAGCCCCUUGGAGUCUCCAGUUGAUGUCUUUGUACACCAAAGCAAGCUUUACAUGGAAGGAUUUAGAAGCCUAAAAGAAGGAGAACCUGUGGAAUUUACUUUUAAGAAAUCUUCCAAAGGCCUUGAAUCAAUACGGGUAACAGGCCCUGGUGGGAGCCCCUGUUUAGGAAGUGAAAGACGACCCAAAGGGAAGACAGUACAAAAAAGAAAACCAAAGGGAGAUAGAUGCUACAACUGCGGUGGCCUCGACCACCACGCUAAAGAAUGUAGUCUACCUCCGCAGCCAAAGAAGUGCCAUUACUGUCAGAGCAUCAUGCACAUGGUGGCUAACUGCCCCCAUAAAACUGUCUCGCAGCAGCCCGCUAGUUCUCAGGGAAGACACGAAGCCGAACCGCAGCCUUCCACUUCUGCCUUGCUGAGAGAAGGGGGAGGAUCGCACGGCUUCUCGUCUCCAUCGUACUCUCAGGAAGGCAGGCCGGAGAUGUCGGAGCGCUCGGGCAGGUCACCGCAGGAAGUGUCGUCGAGUAAGUUGUCUGCGUCGCCUGAAGAACCAAACAGAAAGGGGCCUUCUGUUCAGAAAAGGAAAAAAACUUAAUGCAUUUUUCAUAAUGUUCCGUUUUCUUUACCCUCUUGGGAUGUCUACCUCAUGCAAGUACAGGGGAAAUAAUUCAUUAUCAGUAGCUGACCUGGAAUUUUAACUACUGUUGAGGAACUGUGAAUGUUUUGUUGUUUUUUGUUGGUUUUUUUUUUCUUUGAUAGACAAAUCACUCCAAACAAAAUACAUUUGAGCAGGGUGCAUUAUGUUUUACUUUCUGUGUGUAUGUGUGAGUGUGCAUGCGUGUGUGUAUGUGUACAUAUCUAUAAAUAUAUAUUUUUCCAUCAGACCAUUCUCCAGAUCCCACCAGACAUUACUGUGAAGCAAAAGUCACUGUACCCACCCAAUGUUCCUGAACUCAUUCCUAGAACCUGUUUCUAAAUGUGUUCAGAAAGCAAACAAGAAAACCUAAUUCUCUGAAAUUUCACUCAGAAACAAACCAAACAAGAACUGAUAAACCACACAAAGAACUGAGAUCAAGACUGUUACGUUUCUUGUGAACCAAAGGAUACUUUCAUAUUUUAAAGCUGCCAUAUGGUACUAAAGAUACUAAGACAUCCCCCGUCCCAUCAAUUUGAAUUAGUUCCUUUUCAUCGCCACAAAAUAUCAAAACCCUCCCCUCCCCAUGCCAGUGCAGAGCAGUUUCAUGACUCAAGACAACUCUCAUUGCCACCACCCUUUGUUGGUGAGGAGUUUAAAGCUCCAGAAAAGACAAUGAAUGUGUAGUUUCUGUGAUGGUUUUUCAAAAUGUUUUGUUAAAUUAAUAUGAUUGUAACUGUAAUUUAGAUGUCUGUUGUGUAGGGGAGAAUGUGUAAGUUGUUACCGAACAGACCCUUUUGAGUGGUGUCAGGAUGCCAUCCUGGUUAGCCAUUUGUAUACUGUGAACAUUUAGGGUACCUUGGUGGCAGUAGUAGCCGCAGCAGCAGCAAUUUCUCUUGGUCCCAAGUAGUGUCCCUCAAUUUGAAGGGUCUUCCCCCUUAUUUCCUACUGAAAUACCGUGGAGAGAACUCCCUAGGGAUUUUUAUUGUUGUUGUCUGUUUGGGUUUUCAAGAAAACAAAAUGCAAAGCUAACGAGAUCCUGGGCUGAAUAGUUUCCUAAGACUAAAUGUAGAUGGGCACUUGGGGUUGCUCAGCUGGCCUCCCUAGAUGGUGAUACAGCAUGGGUGCAGACCUGCAGAUCUCCCAGAAGCCCUGACCAUCACCUGCUUCUGGUGAACUGGGGGCUGCAGCUGACCAGCCUUGGUGCAGAGUGCCCUAGGACCACACACUUCUGUGUGAAGGAGGAGGAAGAUUGGUGGCCUCAGAGUGAGACUCCCUGGGCUGCAGGCCUUGCCCGGGGUUAAUAGAGUUGGAGCCUAUCAAAACUUCAAGUCGCUUUCCAUUUGUAACUUUUGAAUUACCAAGUCAUACGUAAGAUAACGUACUCUGACAAAUCCCAUUGUGGAUGUAAGUUAAUUAGAGAAACCUGUAUAAUCCUUAACAUUGGCAAUAAACACAGGCUGUUAAAGCUUGAAAGUGUCGGGUAGGUUUAAGCUCGGAUAAUCAAACUAAAGAAACAGCCUGCAUGAAAGGCUACAGCGAGCCAAAGUCCUACCCUGGUGACUCCUCUGCAGCUGAGGGUUACACCAGGUAUGCAGCUGGCUCACUGCCUGGCCUUUCCCCUUCCCACUUGUCCUGCCACAUGAGACUUUUACUGGUGCUGCUGCUGCUUCAGUGAACAGGUAGUCAUCAAACUCCUCAGUGAAGGGCACAAUUUCGAGAGAGAAUUAUUUUGUGUGAAUUCCUUGCCAGUGUUUGCAAGAAUCUCAAGGUUUGUACUGAAGUUCUCAGUAAUGCUAAUGCAAAGCUUACCUUUGACGAUAUUGAAUGUGAUAUAUCUAUAGAGAACGUCCUUGCCUUACGUAAGGAUAGUAAACUUAUUUAAAUUAUGUAGACAAAUCAAAGUGGCAUUGCUUAACCUUCUAGUCGGUGUAAAAACCAGGUUAAACAGCAAAGAUGCAAAACUUAGGUCACUUUGAAAAUUUAAACCAAAGUUCCUUAUAGAAAUAGGCAACUGUGGAUUUGAAAACUGGUCAUUCCCUGUUUAUAUGUAAGAAGUUCAGAGCUGAGAUAAGGAAAUGUUUUCAACAUGUGGAUUUUUGUAGGUGCUGUUUGAAAUCACUGUGCGCACCAAAGUCAGACUGAACUGCUAAGAGCACAUACCAAACCCUAUCUUAUUGUUGAAAGCUUAAGGUUUUAUUUUUAUAUAUUAGAAUGUUAUCACUGUUACAUAACAUACUCAGGACAAAGAACUUUGCUCAGGGAAUAUACCAUGUAAUGUUUUUUCUUUACAGAAUAGUCUACAGACCUGCUUACUCAGAACAAACCAAAUAGUCUUAGACCUUUUUAUCUCUGUAUAAGUAUUAUGUACUGAUGUUAGUAACUACCUCUGAGUUGACGUAGACUGUCAGUUUCUGAUAAUCAGAUCUCAGCGUUUUGUAUUAUAAGUUCCUGUGAAAUGAUGAAGUGGUAUUAUGUACUGGUUGCUUAUGUGAGCAUUUGUGUCUUUAUAUUCACAGGGUCUGAGUUUUCAGAGAU